AUGUCUCUGGGCAAAUUGUAUUCUCCACUGGAAAUAGCAAUAAUAGGAAACUGCGAUACUGGAAAAAGUAGUCUGGCUUAUCGAAUAUCUGAUUCGAAAUUUACUGGCAAUUAUUUUCAAACUAUUGGGAUCGAUUACAGAGUAACAAGUGUUAACGUCCAAUCUAAAGGGAUUGACAUCAGAAUUUGGGAUACUUCAAGUACAUUUUUGCAUAUGAAAGCCUGAAUUAAAUACAUUAUAAGAGUCGCUGGAAUGAUUGUUGCUUAUGAUAUCACCAAUAGAGACUCUUUCUCAGAAGUUGAGCAAUGGCUCAAUUUGAUUGAAAGGAAUUUUCCAUUUGUAAGAGCAAUCAUUCUUUGUGGCACCAAAGCAGAUUUAAAAGAUCAAAGACAAGUGUCAAAGAUAGAAGGAGAAGAGCUUGCAUUUGAAUACAACAUGAGCUUCUUCGAGACAUCUUCAAAGGAUGAUACGUAUGUAACUGAUUUAUUUGAAACAGCUGCAGCAGAAAUGCUGUAA